GCAAGCGCAUUGAGGGGAAUUGGUUCAUCAAACGUGUCUACGUCAAGACUGAUUAUAAUUAAUUUAAUAUAUAUGAGAUUUGUGAUUUAUUUGCUGAUUUGUAUCUGUAACUGUGAUAUUAACAAUUAACUUAUUCCACAAUGAGUUCCUCGGGUGAAUUUGGCAACCCGUUAAGGAAAUUUAAGCUGGUAUUUCUGGGGGAGCAGAGCGUUGGGAAGACCUCUCUAAUUACAAGGUUUAUGUACGACAGCUUUGACAACACCUAUCAGGCAACAAUAGGAAUUGACUUUUUAUCAAAGACAAUGUAUUUGGAAGACAGGACUAUACGACUACAGCUUUGGGAUACAGCUGGACAAGAGAGGUUCAGAAGUUUGAUACCAAGCUACAUACGGGAUUCUUCUGUAGCAGUAGUAGUGUAUGAUAUAACUAAUGCAAACUCUUUUCAACAGACGUCAAAAUGGAUAGAUGACGUCAGGACGGAGAGAGGAAGUGAUGUCAUAAUUAUGUUGGUCGGAAAUAAAACAGAUCUGUCGGAUAAAAGGCAGAUUACAACAGAAGAAGGAGAGAGGAAAGCUAAAGAGCUGAGUGUUAUGUUUAUUGAAACAAGUGCAAAGGCUGGUUACAAUGUAAAACAGUUGUUCCGGCGAGUCGCUGCAGCAUUACCAGGAAUGGAACAAACAGAAACAAAGAAAGGAGAGAUGACGGAGGUUAAACUGAAGGACACAGGCCCCGUAGAACCGGAGCACAAGGAAGGAGGGUGUUCGUGCUGAGGGUGUGGGUGGUCUCUCUAGGCAGGAUUUAAAAAUAACUCGCCAGCUACAAAGGAAUUCAGUCCAGGCUGGAGAACAGACAGUGUUUUUUUUUUUCAAGAGACCCUCCGAAAUUCUAAGACAAUAUACAGCACUGAAAUCUUGCAUAGGUGCUGUAAUGUGUUAACAUACUACACACUGUCACUUAUAAUGUUUACAUUUGUACCAUAUACCAGCCAUUUAUUUUAUGCAUGUUAAAGACUCUGAUCAAAUAACAUUGACAUAAUUUCAUUUGCAUGUUUCUGUUUAUCAUUUUGAAUACCUGAAUAGAUUUGUUUGGAAAAGUUGUAAAUUUUACUUUUUUUUGAGAUGUAUGUGUUCAAAUGUCAUUAGUUUGAAUCACUUGACUUGAUUACCCUUUGGCAAAUGUUUUGCUUCAUUUCAGUUUUCAUUAAAUUAUUAAUAUUUAUUUACUAGAAUAAGCCAAACAUUUAAUAAUUAUAAGUUGAUUGCUGCCCAUGACCCCAAAUACUUAUUUUCAUACUCAUUAGUAAAUAUAUU